GCAUGAAAUUUGUGUCACAUUGUUCCAUUGAAUCUGUAUUUUUAUAUUAAUUUACAAAAGUUAAAAAAAAUAUUUUAAAAACUGAAAAAAUUAAAAUUUGUCUAUUGAAGAUUAAUUCCAUCUAUUACUGAUAGAUAUAAAAAAGGGUAUGUUUCUUCAUGAUAAAUAUAAAUCAAGAAAAAUAUUAAAUAUCAUCAACAAUGCAGAAAGAAUUAAAUAACAUAAUUGAAAAAUCAUUACAAAAAGCUUAUGAUCAUGAUAGAACUGGGAAUGUAGGAAAGGCAUAUGCAUAUUAUACUGUUGUAGCAGAAUUAUGUCCUAGGAAAAGAUCAGAAAUUGAAGAAGCAUUUGUUGAUGUUCUCUGUCAAUGGGGAAUUCAAUUAGCAAGAGAAAAUAGAUUUGCAGAUGUUUUUUUAUGUUACAAGCGUUCAUUAGAUAUUUAUCCAAAUAAUUCUCGUAUGUUAAAUAAUUUUGCAGCUCAUCUUUUAAGGAAUAGUGAUCCAAUAGAGGCAAUAAAAUUCUUAAAGAGAGCUCUGCAAGCCAACCCUAAUUUUUUACCUGCUGAAAGAAACUUGCAAAAUGCAUUUAGCAUGGCUGUAGAUAGAUGGCAUUUUCCAAUGUUGAAUGAUAAACAUAGAAAUGCUGCAUUUGAAUGUGUAAUUCGUAAAAGAAUUUCUCAAGGAUAUGAUACUGUAUUAGAUGUGGGAACUGGUACAGGGUUAUUAAGUCUAUAUGCACAAAAUGCAGGUGCCAAAGAAAUUUAUGCUUGUGAAUGUUCACCAGUAAUGUUAAAAAUUGCAAAGAAAGUAUUUGAAACUAAUGAUGCUAAGAACAUAAUAUUAUUGCCCAAACUUUCUUCAGAUCUUGUAAUUCCUACAGAUAUUAGAGAAAGAGUAAAAUUAGUAGUUACAGAAACUUUUGAUGCUGGUUUAUUUGGAGAACAUGUGAUACCAUCCAUGAUAAGUGUACAUUUGAAUGUUUUGGAUAAAAAUGGUAUAGUGAUACCAAUGGGAGCUACACUUUAUGUAGCUGCUGUUGAAUGUGAAUAUAUAAGAAACAAAUCAGCUGUGAUUUUUGAUAAAAUAAAACAUUUUUGUCCUUUAAACUUUGAUAAUAUAUCUGUAUUAUUAGAUGAGGAAUAUUAUGAUACGGAAAAUUUAAAAAAUGUGGAUGUUACUUAUAUAGUAGAACCUACUGCUUUUUUUACUAUUAAUUUUAAUGAUUUAUCAGAUUUACAACAAUUUAAUAUUGAUGGCAUAAAAAACAUAAUAAAUAUAACAUGUAAAUGCAAUGGUACUAUAGAUGGUUUAAUAACAUGGUUUAAAUUACAUCUUGAUGAAGAAAUAACAAUAGAUACCUCAGAAAAGAAAUCAUGUUGGCAAGUUGCUAUUUUUCCUACAAUACCAAAAUUAUUGAAGAAAGAUGAUAUAAUUAUAAUUAAAGGAGAAAUGUUAAAAGGAAAACUUAAAUGUUCAUAUACAUUGAAUAAUUGUCAAUAUGAUAACUAUGAUUAUAAAUUUUUAUACCGUUUACCAAAAGAAGUUGUAACAUUUUUAAAUGAUACUGAAUAUAUAAAAUUACUUACUGAAGUUAGUAAAUCAUUUGUUAACAAAGAAAUACACAGUAUUUUAGAUACUUCUCCAUUUCCUAUUUAUGGAUUAAUGUUAUUAAAAGAAAAUAAAUACAGUGACGUUUUAUAUUAUAAAAAUGAAAAUAUAAUGUUUCAACAAUUUAUUAAACAAAUAGCAGAGCAAAAUGGUUUCAAGAAUAAACUAUGUAUUGUAUCGAAAUAUAAUCAUAUUAAACAUUCUUUAGAUACAAUAUUUAUUCAUGAUUUUGACAUUAAAGGAGAAUUAAAAGAUUGUAGUGAAGAACACAAUCAUGAAUUUUUCAGAUGUUUACUUAAACCAAAUGGCAUUUUAUUGCCUGAACAAAUAUUUUUUGUAGGCCAACUUGUAUUUUCGGAUGAUUUGCCAAAUAUGGUUUAUGUAGAAGAUAAAAAUUUACAAAAUAUGUCGACAAUUACAUUUAAUACAUCAAAUUUUGAAAAGGAAGUUCAUAAUACUUUUAAUAGUACGACUUCUUAUGGUAUUGCACAAUAUAUUAAUGAAUUUAAGAUAAAUCAAAUUUUCGAUUUGAAUUCAAGUUUAUAUUUAUAUGAACCUUUAUCUGAUGUAAAUGUAUUGAUAGAAAUGAGAGAAAAUGAAGUUGCUGAACGUGUGAUAAAUUUUGGAAAAAUUAGUGCCACUAAUAAUAAAUUAUUGCCAAAUGCUUUAGUAUGUUGGUAUAAAGUUAGAUUAACAUUAAAUCACAAUUAUGAUACAAAAAGAAAUGGAUCAUUUAUGAAUCAUACAGCAAUAUUAUUAGAAGAUGAAUUAAAAAAUUCUAUUUUACAAGGUAAUGAGGUAUGUAUAAAAGUUCAGCAAGCUGAAGGAAUAAUUCGAAUAAAAGUUAAAUAAUUUAAAAUACAUACAAUUUUAUAUGAUUAUAAUAUACUUAAAAUGUACAUUUGCUUACAUACUUCAAAAAUUGAAGUAUAAUAUAAAAUAAGAACACCAUGUACAUACAAUAAAAUUUAUACA